CAACAAGUUACGUAGAGUCCGAGGUGGGAGGAGGAGGAGGAGGAGGAGCCUCAGACUGUUACAGGGCUAGCCGAGAGAAGUACGCUCAGGCGCUCCGAUUUAAUCCGAAUCUUCUGACUUUUAACGUUACUGUUGGUGUAAGAGUGCAGCUGUUGACAACGUUAGAGAAGAUGGGGAACCGAGUGGGCCGUGAGGACUAUGAAUGGGUCUACACGGACCAGCCGCACGCCGACAGGAGAAAGGAGAUUCUGGGUGAGCUAGCUUGUGGGUUAGCAAUUUUCCAGUCAACAAACGCUAAAUAUCCGGAAAUCAAGUCAUUGAUGGGUCCGGACCAGAGGCUGAAGUGGAUUGUGUGCAUGAUGGUGGUUAUACAGUUCUUGGCUUUCUACCUGGUCAAAGACUUGGACUGGAAAUGGGUUUUGUUUUGGACAUAUGCAUUUGGCAGCUGUAUCAACCACUCAAUGACCCUUGCUAUUCACGAGAUCUCUCACAAUACUGCCUUUGGAAACAGCAAAGCCAUGUGGAACCGCUACUUUGCCAUGUUUGCCAACCUGCCUAUCGGCUUGCCUUAUUCUGCCUCCUUCAAACGCUACCACCUGGACCACCACCGCUACUUGGGUGGAGAUGGCAUUGAUGUAGAUAUCCCCACAGAGUUUGAAGGCUGGUUCUUCUGUACACGCUUUCGCAAGUUCGUCUGGAUUAUUCUGCAGCCCCUGUUCUAUGCUAUCCGGCCCCUUUGCAUCAAUCCCAAACCAGUCAGCCAGCUGGAGCUGACCAAUGUGGCAGUCCAGAUCAUCUUUGACAUCCUGCUGUGGUGGAUGUGGGGGGCCAAGCCUGUGGUUUACAUGUUGGCUGGUUCCAUGCUGGGAAUGGGCUUGCACCCCAUCUCUGGCCACUUCAUUGCUGAGCACUACAUGUUCCUGAAGGGUCAAGAGACCUACUCCUACUAUGGCUGCCUCAACCUCCUCACCUUCAACGUGGGCUACCACAACGAACACCAUGACUUCCCUAGCAUCCCAGGGCGAAGGCUUCCUUUGGUAAAGAAAAUAGCUCCAGAGUACUACGAUGACUUGCCUGAGUACACAUCUUGGGUGAGGGUCCUGUAUGACUUCAUCAUGGACGACACUUUGAGCCCGUACUCACGGAUCAAGAGGAAGUUAAAGGGAGAUGUCAAACAGGAGUAGCUUCUCUGAGAGCUUCCCCAGAACAAAGCUGCAGUAUCUACAUGACCUGGGCCUCCUCACAUUUCUGAACUUCUAACGCUUUUUGCAUAUGUUCAUCUCACAGAGUCAAGGUGAAUGUUGGGAGAGAGUGUUUGUUUUUGUUUUUUUGCACAGAGAGAAACAAAGAACAGACAAACAGGUGGUGUUGAAUAGAGAAUAAAAAUUGGUGUUUUACUUGGAAUUGUUGCAAUAUGACCAAAUCUCCACUCAGAAACAUUUGCUCACUUAAAGGCCAUUUAUGUUUGUUUGGGGUGUUUUUUGGAAUUGGGGUUGUGUUAAGUAACUAGUUAGUGUCUGAGCUGAACUAGACUGCUCAGUGUUUUUUCGUUACCAUUGUAAAAUUAAUGACAAUUUUUUAAACAGAAAUUACAAAUUUUUUUGUUUUGAAACGGGGAGAAAAAUGUUCUGGAACCUUACCUGAGGAAAUGCUGCGGUGGUUAGUAGGUUUUAUGUAUCUGCAGUGUUAGUUAUGUAGGAGAUAUGGUAGGUCAAUGAAACUCCGUCACACAGAGGGACAUUAGGUGGAUACAUCUGUAAAUGUUAAACUGAAGCUGUAAAAACACUAUAAAACCAAACAUAAUGCAGAUUCAGGCAGCUAAAGUCCAAAAGCUGCUCUAAACAUUUAGCUUUGUGAGGUGUUUUACAGAAUGCCUGACCCUUUGAGCUCCAAGGAAACCUGCAAUUUCUUUCUAGCUUCUUUGAAAUCCCAGUAUCCCCAGUGUCAGGCCCCAGUAUUUCCAUUUCAGCAGCACGUUUUUUAUUUGGGAUUUUCCAGCUGUGCAGUAGGAUUAACGAACCCCGACACAUGAAGGACCUGGAAGAACAAAACCAAACUAAAAGAGAAGAUAUUUGGCUGUUUCAGGGGUUUCAUGCUGGCUCCCCCUCAUAACAUUUUGUAAACAGUCAACUUGUAAUGAUAUUUCAUUUUUAUCCCAUUUCAGAAACUUGUGGUAAUAACUGGGGAUGAAUUUGCGUACAGAUGUGCUCACACCUUCUCAUUGGUAGGUGAAACUGGCGGAAUUUCUGUGUUGAGGCUGAGCUACUGCUUCUUAGAAUCUAGCCACAUUUUAACUCCUUUCAUAAUCUAAACCCAGUCAGAUGAAGCGGGUCACCUGUUUGGCCUCACUUGGUUAUGUGUAGAAGUAACAUGGAGUCUUCUGGGUUUUUUGAACUCAGCUUGAAAUGUUUGGGGUUAACUUAAGUCCUUGAGAAGAUAUUUACUGUUCUGUGUCGGCCCACUUCACACAACCCUACUUCUAAAAAGCAAUACAUCCAAUUUGCACAAUGGCCUUACAGAAGUUAUGUUAAAACGGUAGAAAAUUUAACACACAUGAAAAUGGCAGUUAUCAAGAGUUUUACCAGACGCAAGUCUAAUUGGUCUGGAAAUGUCUUGGUCAUGUUAGUAAAAAUUCUCCUGAAUGUUAGAAAAGUUCUUGCCAUUGAACUGGAAGAUUUUCAAGAGAAACUAAUGCUUAAAAGCUGAUUAAAAGCUUGUGUCUGAACCUUUGCAUCGUGUUUACUGCUGAGAGUCAGAUAAACUAAUUCACUCUAACCUUUAAGGCUCAGUGAUGCUGCUUCAUGGUGUCUAAACUAUUUAGUUAUUUGACAAAGAUGGCUUUGAUAGGGUUACUCAUGCGCUAAACUUUCUGAAGGUUGGCACACUGAGUUACUGAUGAUGUCUGAUAAAGGUCUUCAGGUGGGAGGGUUCAGUUCCUCCUAGCAAAUUAAGGAUGCAUUCCAUAAACUUGUAGUGUGUCUCUAGACAUACAAAGAGGUGAUAGCUACAUAUCUGUUGGAAAACCCUGGCUGAUCUCCUGCCAGUAGAUGCAAGCAUCAGUCUUAGGCCAUCUCCAGAAGUACACCGCUGCUUUGUGCAGCUUUUGACCCAAGUGCUUGACUUCCAGACUGUGUGCUAUAUUAUAGCUGCUGAGAUGAAGCAACCAAAUGUCCUCCAUUUUGUAUAGCUAAUUUAUAGGUCAAAAAUGUGAUUCGUAAAGCAUCAUUGUGUGUAUGUUGAAGUGGGUGGCACCUGUGCAUAUGAACUGAGGUUGUUCCAAUAUAUUGCUCUCCUAAAAGAAAAGGUUUGAUACCAUCUUGUUUUACCAAAACUAAUUCUGUGUUUUCUGUUUAAAAAAAAACCCAAAGCCUGCCUUAUGUUCUUGGUGCUCUGCUUGCUCAGUUCAUUUAUUUCUUCCUCAUUAUUGUGAAUUUUAACUCAAUGGAAUAUAACAAAUAAAUACUUUGCUGCACUAGAAA